ACGACAAAAAUGAUCCUCGAACGCGGCGCAAGAUUUUGCUGGAGAUUACAAGUUAAAAUUAAAAACUUCGCAGUUCAUAAACGAUGUUCAUCCACCAAACCUCCCAUCGUACUCGGCAUCGAAACGAGCUGCGACGACACCGGCGCGGCGAUAGUUACGGGCGCUGGGCAAGUGCUAGCAGAAUUUGUGAAUUCCCAACAGAAUAACCACUUGCGGUUCGGGGGAAUUAUGCCUCCAGUAGCACAAGACAUACACCGAGCGAACAUAGAAAACGUGGUGAACAAAACGUUUCAAAUCGCUGGCCUAACACCGAAGGAACUGGAUGCUAUUGCGGUCACAAAUCGGCCAGGUCUGCCUAUGAGUCUCAUUAUUGGUAUGCGGUAUGCGAAGCAUAUUGCACGGAAAUACGACAAACCGAUAAUACCGAUACACCACAUGCAGGCCCAUGCCUUAAUGGCUCGGAUGACUACUUCUAUUCCCUUUCCCUUCCUGUGCCUGCUCGUCAGCGGUGGGCACUCUUUGCUUGUAUUCAUAGAAGGAACCAACCGGUUUCGAUUGCUCGGAGAAACGCUUGACGAUGCACCCGGUGAGGCUUUGGAUAAAAUAGCGAGGCGUUUGAAGCUACGAAAUGUUGCCAAGUACGAGCACAUGUCUGGUGGGCAAGCCAUCGAACUAGCAGCACUAGCCGGUGCUUCUCAGUCUGCUGCUUAUGAUUUCCCGCUGCCACUAUCCAAAUAUCGGGACUGCCAAUUCAGUUUUGCUGGUCUCAAAAACACUGCUACGAGGCACAUUCUGGAGCAAGAAGCACGGCACAACGUUGCUCCUGAUGGUUUGCUGCCCGAUUAUGAAGCUUUUUGUGCUUCGUUCUUAAAGGGCGUGACCCGCCACAUGCUGCAUCGGACACAGCGUGCGAUUGAGUAUUGCGAGAGAAACAAUUUCUAUACCAGCAGUAGUCAGCCGCGUAGUUUAGUCGUCUCCGGUGGAGUCGCCUGCAAUAAUGUUAUAUUCAACGCCCUCAGCGCCAUGGCUGGACAGUUCGAUUAUAGCGCUUACCGGCCAGAAAAGAAACACUGCACCGAUAACGGUACGAUGAUAGCUUGGAAUGGGGUGGAGAAACUUCUGGCGGGUGAUACCCAAGAACUGACCAAAGACUAUGGAAGUUUGGACGUCAGUGGCAAGUGUCCGAUAGGGGAAAGUGUGAUAGAACAUGUUAAGAAUGCCAAUAUGGCCUGUAAAUGGGCUAAGGUAGACGUAUACGGAGUUCUAGAAGAGAAAAGGCAAGAGAACCAGUGUUAGGUGGUUCAUUGUUAGUAGAAUGUUGUAGCAAAAUGCGAUAAUGGUUUAUUGAAUAAAGUGAAAUUUGU